AUGGAGGCCGUCGUCCUCCAAUCCGUCCUCUCUGUGAUCCAAUCCAGUGGCGCGGACUUGAACGCCUCAAAUGUCCUCUCCGGAGUCGCUCCCAGCCAAAACGUCACCCCGCCCAUCGACGCCGCUGCUACGUCGGUGUCGCCCUUCCAACUCCCGGCCCUCCUCCUCGCUCUUCUGCACCUCUCCGCGGUCCAGGACUGGCUCAAGAUCUUCCUCGUCGGUGUUCUCAUCCAGAGCCUGCGCGGCUGGCUCCAGGACCUCUGGGACUGGCUCUCCGGAUGUAUAUGGGUCUACGAGAAUCUCGACGCUGACGAUGACUGCGGAUUGUGGCUCCAGUACUGGCUGUCGAAGAACCAACGAUUCCUGAACGCCCGGAUGCUGGACGUCAGCACGCGCAACGUUCCAGGGAUGGAGGCGCCUGUGAUGCUGGGAUUAAUGGACCCGUACCAGGAGCGUGGGAGGAACAAGAGCCGCACGCCCGCGUUCUUCCCCUCGGUGGGCACGACGUACACACUGUUCUACAAGUGCCGGUACAUGACCGUGAGCCGCUCGCGGCUGAACGAGUCGCCGUGGCAGGUCGGCGGCAGCAGCAAGCUGCACAUCCGGAUGCUCGCCCUCAGCCACGAGCCCCUUCGCGAGCUCUUCCACGAGGCCAAGAAGCUCUACCUCGCCUCGCGCCAGCACAGGAUCUCCAUCUACACCUCCGACGGCGACUUCUGGAGGCUCAUGUCCACCCAGCCCAAGCGGUCGAUAGACUCCAUCUUCCUCGACGAGAACACGAAGGAGGAGCUCCUGGAAGACGCCGAAGACUUCCUGUGCCAGGACACCAAGGACUGGUACACGCGCAUAGGCAUCCCGCGCCGCCGCGGCUACCUCCUGCACGGCGCGCCGGGCUCGGGCAAGACGUCGCUCGUGCACGCGGCCGCGAGCGAGCUCGAGCUCGACAUCUACCUCCUCCCGCUCACGCGCUACGGCAUGGACGACAGCCUGCUCAUGCAGUCCAUCCUGCAGCUCCCCGAGCACUGCAUCGUGCUCAUCGAGGACAUCGACGCGAUCUUCCACCACGGCAUGCGCCGCGACAUCGAUGACCCGGAGCAGCUCGCCGCCGCGCUCGCCGCCGGACACGCGCUCCCGCCCCCGCCGCCGGCGUCGGCGCACAGCGCGCAGCAACAGCCUGCGAGCCGCGUGUCGCUCAGCGGGCUCCUGAACGUGCUCGACGGCAUCGGCGCGCAGGAGGGCCGGAUCGUGUUCGCGACGACGAACGACUUCCACGCGCUCGACGUCGCCCUCCGCCGCGCGGGCCGGUUCGACAAGCACAUCGAGUUCACGCUCGCGAGCGAGCACCAGGCCGCGGAGCUCUUCAAGCGCUUCUACGGCCUCCUGUCGUCCGACGCGGACGACGCGCGCGAGCGGAGCGAGGAGGAGCGCGAGCGCACCCCGAAGCCGUCCCGCAAGAACACCGCGGAUGCCCCCACGGAGACCGCACUCCUCCUUGAUGCUGCUGUCCUUCCGGUGGAGUCCCAUUCCUCCUCUGCCCUGGCCCCCGCCCUCAACGAGAACGGGGGCCCGAAACGGCGGGCGCGCCCCCCGCGCCUUGCGCAGGCCGAGCUCGCGCGUCUCGCCGCGACGUUCGCGCGCGGCGUCCAGGGCGGCCGGUUCACGGUCGCGACGCUGCAGGGGUACCUCCUCGAGAACAAGGCGCGGCCGGACGAGGCCGCGAACCGGGCCGCCGCGUGGGCCGCGAACCUGGUCCUCGAGCGGUCGGCGGAGGGCGCGGGCACGCGGCUGGAGAACGGCUCGCCGCAGACGGACGUGUCGACGCUCGCGGACGACGGCUCGUCGGUGGCGGGGUCUGAGGCGGACGCGCAGGAGGGGCCGUCUUCGCUGGGCAAGGAGGAGCUGGUCGCGGCGUGA